CAGUGUCGCGCAGAGCUCGCGCAGUACGCGCAGUCUUGCCACCAAAGCGGCUGCACGGUCCUAGUUCUAAACGUUCUUCCUUUGUUUUUUAAAACUGUUUGAUAAAGCGAAACCUCAGACGGAUUAAUUCACAGAGAAGUUGGAGUUGAAUAUUCGUGUCCGUGUGGAUGACAUACACUAAGGAUUUGCAGGAAAACCCUCACGCUCAGUAAAGGUUAUGCGGUAGGCUAACACUAUUUUUCGAAAACCCUGGUGUGGUGUGUUUCACGCUCAUAAUCAAGGACUUUGGAACACUUGUGCAGGACUGCGUUUCAAAUUUGAUUCUGAAAUGCAGCAAUUUUUCCAAUAACAAUAUCAGCAAAGGAACUUUUCGUGUCGCUAACAUAUUGUUGACCUGGGAAAGACAAAACAGCGCUCAUAUUACUCUGAGCAGACACAUAAAUUCGAAAUGCCCUUUAUCCCGUAAGAAAAAUUUUGGACAGUUCGGAAUAAUUUGAAUCGUUCAUGUGACUUGUCAGACCUGUGGCUGACCGUGCACCUCUCCGCGAGCGUAAAACACAACCGCUCAGACUGGAGAAAAUGACCAUGAUCCGCCACUGAGGCGGAACCGGGACGCACGCUCUGACCGGAUACUUGUGUGGAGCUGAUCUUCGGAACAUGAAGACGGCCGCGAGUCAGAUCGUCGGAGUUUAUUUUGCGGGGAUAUUCGUCCUUAUUCCUGGCUUCUGGACAGCAGACGUGAACGGAUAUGGAGGGUCAGGCUCCAGGCUGGGCCCGCUCCAGUUCCCUAACGUGUCCAACCUGAGCGCCUUCCUGAUGGAGCCCAGCUCGGGGACCCUCUACCUGGGAGCGCGGGACACCAUCCUGGCCGUGGACGCGACCACUCUGAAGCAGAAACACGCUCGGAUCAUUUGGAACGUUCCGGAAGACAAGCGGCAGUCUUGUAUGGGGAAGGGAAAGACUGAGGGGGACUGUCACAACUACAUCCGGCUGCUGGAGUUUAUGGAGGAGAGGCGGAUCUACGCUUGUGGCACCUACGCCUUUGACCCACAGUGCGCCAUCAUCAACAUGCAGGAUUUCUCUCUGGAGAGAGCAGAGGACGGCAGUGUGAGGAUGGAGUCGGGUAAAGGGAAAUGCCCCUUCGAACCCAGCCAGCACUACACUGCAGUUAUGGCAGAUGGAGUGCUGUAUGCUGCUACCACCAGUAACUUCCUGGGUACGCUGUUUGACAUCUCACGAGCAACUGGCUCUGAAACCGAACGCAUUCGCACCGAGCAGUCCAUCAACUGGCUCAGUGAUCCAGAGUUUGUGAGCUCCUCCUUCAUCAAAGAGCGGUUGGAUAGCCCCACAGGGGACGAUGAUAAGAUAUACUUUUUCUUCACGGAGGUCGCCAAGGAGUAUGACCUCUACACCAAGGUCAAAGUGCCCAGGGUGGCCCGCGUCUGCAAGGAGGACCUUGGUGGUAUGAAGACGCUGCAGAAGAGGUGGACCACCUUCCUGAAGGCCCAGCUGGUGUGUGAGGACCGGGCCAGUGGCCAGCGCUACAACAUCCUCACCAACGUCUUCACCAAAGAGCACCAGCCAGGAGACCCCAGCUCCACACACUUCUAUGGCAUCUUCACUUCCCAAUGGGAGAGGGAGGAGCUCUCUGCAGUGUGUGUGUACAGUCUGGCUGAUAUCCAGAAAGUGAUGGCUGGGCCCUUCAAGGACCUGAAGAAGUGUGAGAACUGGAUGAACUCGGAUCCCAUCCCUGACCCUCGACCAGGACAAUGCAUCAGCCACGCUCUGAAGACCAAGGGCUUCGAGUCGUCCCUCAAACUGCCCGACAAAGUGCUGACGUUUGUGCGAGACCACCCUCUGAUGGAGAACAGCGUUGUGGCAGCGCCCCUGCUGGUCAGGAGGGGAAUUACCUACACGACCAUUGCUGUCACCUUGACACCCGCUGCCAACGGCGACCAGGGCAGUGCCACCAUCCUGCUGCUGGGCACAGAUCGGGGGGAGCUGCACAGAGUUUCGGUUCUGGGGCAGAACGCCACCUUGCUGCAGGAGGACCCACUGUUCACUGCCCAGGAGCCUGUUAACAACAUCCUACUGUACCAGGACCAGGCGCUGGUGCUGUCCCGUCUCUCUCUGGCACGGGUUGCUGCAGAGGGGUGUGGGGUGUUCCCCACCUGUGAGGAGUGUGCACGUGCACAGGGGCUGGGCUGCAGGUGGAGCAUCAAAGAGGUGGCGUGUACCCCCAUCCUGAUUGGGUCACAGAUGGACGAGCCUGAGGAUCCUCUUCAGCUGUGUGACUCUGGAGAGGCUCGCUGCGCUCCUGUCACUCAGGAGUUGCGUGUGGUGGAGGGCUUGCGUGUGCUGUUGCCGUGUGACCAGGUUUCGCCGCGCCCGUGUCACUGGGAGUACCCCCCCGACCGCCACACGCGCCAGCACCACACCCACCUGGAGGUCACCGUGACGACGGCCAGCCUGGGGUCCUACACCUGCUUCUGCGAGGAGGGCCGGCGGGAGGGGGGGUCCUGUCGCCGGGCCAGCUACACGCUGGCGCUGGAGGGGCCGCGGGCGGGGGGGUCGGUGGGGCUGGGGGCCGGCCGGCAGGUGCUGGCCGCGUACGUGUUCUGCUUCGUGGCGGGCGUGGUCCUGGGUGGCGCCCUGCUGCACCUGUGCCGGAAGCGAGGCGGGACCGGCCCGCAGAAGGGGCGGGGCCUGCUGCCCUCCUCGGACACGCCGCAGUCGCCCAGCAGCGCCAGCCUGCUGUCGGAGGGCGUGCCCCUGACGGAGAAGCGCAACGGCACGCUGAACGGGCACGGCGGCGUCUACGCCCGCGCCAGCGGCCUCAAGCUGCAGGAGUCUGCCGCCAACCUGGCGCAGGAGCUGGACUGCAGCGAGCGGGCGGGGCCGGGGGCGGGGCCUGGGGCGAGGCUGGGGGCGGGGGCGGAGCUCGGGCUGGAGGAUGAGAUUGCGGUUGCGAUGGAGGCGGAGCUCCCGGAGCUGAAGGCGUUUCGGGACGCCCCCCUGGCCAAAUGUGAGGAGAGCUCAAUCUGACCCUCUCAAACACCCCCCCCCCCCAGACCCUGCACUGAACCCCAAUCUGAGCCCCCACUGCCACAGCCUGAGAGAGCACCCCCUGAUACACACACACACACGCAUACACACGCACACACCCUCACGCACAUACAUACACACACACACACACACACACACACUCUCUCUCUGGCAGAUGGGUGGGGCGGAGCUUCAUUGGAUCAGCAUCUGAUUGGCUGAGAUCACUGCCAGACUGUGCCCCUCCCUCCUCCAUGUUCCUGUGUUACUUGGAGCACAGACCUGUCCUGACCCAGCGCUGCACAGACCUGUCCCGACCCAGCCCUGCAGGGGUCUGUACAACCCAGCACUGCACAGACCUGUCCCGACCCAGCCCUGCAGGGGUCAGUCCCGACCCAGCCCUGCAGGGGUCUGUACAACCCAGCACUGCACAGACCUGUCCCGACCCAGCCCUGCAGGGGUCAGUCCCGACCCAGCCCUGCAGGGGUCUGUACAACCCAGCACUGCACAGACCUGUCCUGACCCAGCGCUGCACAGACCUGUCCUGACUCCUGACCCAGCGAUGCACAGAUCUGUCCUGACCCAGCGCUGCAGGGCUAUGACUGUGCGAAGGGCUGAAGGAGCUGGAGUUUGACUGCGGCAAA